GUUGAAAGAAGUGAUGGAAAUCAGAGCAGGGUAACCUUUGACUUUCUCAAUUCCUUACUCCCUAGCUAGCUCCUCCUCAUAUUUAUUCAGCUCAAUCUCUCUCUUUGUUUGCUCUUCUAUAUAAUUCCUCCAAGGCACCAUUUAAACAUUGUAGUACCUCAUGGGGAGAGCUCCUUGCUGUGACAAGGCCAAUGUGAAGAAGGGCCCAUGGUCCCCUGAGGAAGACACCAAGCUCAAGGAAUUCAUUGACAAAAAUGGCACUGGUGGGAAUUGGAUUGCUCUCCCUCAAAAAGCAGGGUUGAAGAGAUGUGGAAAGAGUUGCAGACUGAGAUGGCUCAACUAUCUGAGGCCCAAUCUGAAGCAUGGGGAGUUCUCUGAAGAAGAAGACAGGAUCAUAUGCAACCUCUUUGCUGCCAUCGGAAGCAGGUGGUCCAUCAUUGCUUCUCAGCUACCGGGAAGAACAGACAACGACAUCAAGAACUACUGGAACACCAAGCUCAAGAAGAAGCUCCUGGGAAUCACUUCCACUUCCCAGAGGAAGACGAAGCCACAACAGCCAGCUGAUCCAGACCAGCAUCUGCUCUUCCCUUCAAUAACUCAUCAAGAAAUCCAUCUUCCAACAGUUGGUUCUCAAUCCUUGGCUCCUCUCAUCCCUGAUCAACACCCCUUGCAGCAUCUCCCAUACCAUGGGACGAGGGAGAGCAAUGGCAGCAUGAUCACCUUCGGCAUCGAUCAAGGCUGCAGCUCCUCCGAAGGAAACUGCAGUACUACUCAGCUCAACUACGGCAAUUAUGGCGGUAUGAAGGACGACAGGUUGAUUUUUAGUGGCGGAGGGUUUGAAAUCGAGAGCACUGAACUGGAGUACAACUACGAAGAAGAACUCAAGCAGUUACUGAUAUCCAACACAACAAUCUCGCCUUGGAUUCUAAGCCUCAACAGUAUUACUGACUACAAGAACUGAAAGGAUCAUAAAGGCAGGCAUGAAAGCUAAUUAUAUUGAGUCGAUGUACCAUUAACAUUGGUAAUCUGAACAUGGAGUAAUAGUGCCCAGUACUAUAUAUCAGUUUAUCACUACUGUCUGGUAAUCUCACAUCAAGUCAAGACAAGUGAAAUUUGUAUUUAUGCUUUAUAGUAAUUGUACCUCUGUCUGCAUAA